AUGGCAAAACGGCCCGGUAACACAAAAUUGGGUCCUCGACUUCACCUUCAUUACUUGACAUGCCUUGUCUUCUGCCUAUAUUUUCUUGUUAAUUCGCCUGCAACAGUUGAUUCGUUAUCGCCGCCAAUAGCCGGCGAUAGACCGGCUGCUCAGGGUUUAUCCUCGCUGAACAUCCGCCCAAAAAAUUCAAAUUCAAGUCCAUCUACUCCUCUGGUUUCUCUUCUGGUGUCGGCUACAUCAUCCUCGUCAGCGUCAGUGCCGACGUCCCUGGCCGCUUCCAGUAGCACCCUAGGCCUUUUGGCUAGUUCUACAGACCAAGAACUAGAAAAUGAAACCAGCAAUGUACACUCGGUGACAAAACUUCAGCCGCCAGAGACUACAAUUGUUGCAAGUGGUGUUCAAGACAAAGGCGAGGUUUUGCCCGGCAGUGUUCCGAAAUCUGGCUCCGAGCGUAUCGCAGUGGAUAAAAGACAACCCAAAUGUUUAAAUGGUACUGGAGAGUGUGAGAAUUCAGCGAGUAGGUCAUCCCUCAACGAGAAACCUAAAAAGGAUAAAGCAAUAGCGAAAGAGGUGGCAGACGAAGUGACUACGACGUCUGGUUCCAACCCUGAUAAGUCUACGCUUCAGCCGCCCACAACGAUAAAAGAGAAGUUUCUGUCUUCUUCAAUGGCACCGUCGACGACCACCACCACUGGUACACCGACAACCAUAGAAAUCACAACUACAACGCCACAACCGACAACAGCUACAUUCUCAACUACAACGACAGGAGCGGUACCAAAAACAACAGUCAAAAAAGGAACGAAGGCAGUCCCAACGACUCCGAUUCCAAGUUCAAGUCCCACCCCGCGGGAUUAUAUUUACGGCAACCAAGCAGAUUUAUCCGAUUAUUCCGAAUAUAGCGAUGCCCGGUUCGCUGAGGAGAGGAGACGAGAUCAAAACGCUUCCAGCGUAUUCCGUGACCAUUCUCGUGACAUUGGAGACGAUCUCGACCUCUACGACAUGGAAAGGGACAUUAACCCGACAGAAGGUGCUGCCUUCGAAAGAACCAGGCUAAACCGGAACAUGUCAGCCGGAACAGGAAUCUUGGUUAUCGCAUUUUACGUCGCUGUGGUCACGACCCUCCUCUAUCUCUUUCUGUCUGAUGCUGCCCAUACAGCUUCAGACACCGUCAUUACUGUACACUUCUUACUAUCAUUAUAUCAAGACAUGGUGUUCUCUGGCGCUAUUUUCUCUCCACUUGGCCCAGCAGAAAGUCCUUCCAAAGAAACGAAGCUUCCUUAG